AUGUCUGAAAUGGAAAACUUCGUCAAAUCCCCAUCAUCACAGCGGCCACGGACUGAACAACCAAGAGGCCCUGUAGCUACAGCGCGACCGCCCCCAUCUAGACGUCGGGACAAACCCCAACUGAGCUGCAAUGCAUGUCGGAAGCGAAAAGUUCGCUGUGAUCGCCUACACCCGUGCAUAGCCCGAGGGCCGGCCCAUGUACAAGAUCGGAUCAAUCAACUGGAAGGCCUCGUCCUUGGUCUAAUGAAGCAAAAUACAUCCAAUCCUCGACCGGGAGCCACAACACCAAAUAGCGUUAACAAUGUCGGCUGGCCAAAUGAUACACACAGAGAUCAAUCUCUUGAUGAAGGAGCGAAGAAUCCUCCACCCAACGCCUCACCUUCUCCAUCUGAUUAUGGAAAUAUACGUAUGCGUAACUCAGAGUCUAGCUAUGUCAGUAGCGCGCACUGGGCAGCAGUAUUGGAUAGCAUUUCUGAACUUCGAGAUCAUUUCGAGCAAGAGGAUGAGCAUAGCGCGCUGACUAUGCAUGAUGCCCAUGCCUGUGCUGGGUUUCCUGGUCCACAAUUAUUCUAUACUGGCGCCUCGUCAACUAUCAGUAUAGAUUCUAUACUGGAGGCUAUUCCUCCACGACUUGUGGUGGAUAGGUUGAUCUCACGGUACUUUAAUGACCUAGAUAUGGCAUCAGGUGUUCCGCACAGCGGCAAGUUCUUGCGAGAGUACGAAGAGUUCUGGAAAUGCCCUCGCAAAACACCAAUAAUAUGGAUUGGUCUACUCUUCACCAUGAUGUGUCUCUCAGCUCAAGUUCAGCAUCAUUUCCUCGACUCAAACUCGAACGCAGAUCCACAGAACCAACAUUCACAAACCAGCACGCAAACAGCUUUAUUCCGCGAAAAAAUCACCCACUGCCUAAUAUUGGGACACUAUACAAAAGGUGGACCCCACGUCCUAGAGACCCUGAUCCUUUAUCUGAUGGUAGAAGUUUUCCCAUCAAAAGACACAGCAUCUGGUCUUCGCAUCCUAGUCAGCACAAUAGUCACAAUAGCUACACAGAUGGGUUAUCACCGCGACGCAUCCCAUUUCCCUAACAUCUCUCCUUUCGCAGGAGAGGUUCGACGACGAGUAUGGGCUUUGAUCGUGCAACUUGACUUCAACAUCUCGAUGCAAAUGGGACUAGCGCGAUUUAUAAAGGAAAGCCAAAUCGAUGUUUCUGAGCCACGAAAUCUCUUCGAUUCAGACUUUGAUGAGGGCUGUACUGAGCUGCCGUCAUCUCGUCCCGAGACAGAGGUGACACCUACACUUUACACACUGACGAAGGUAAGAUUGAUUGUCAUUGGUGCUAAAGUGGCGGACGCAUCGACGGAGCCGAAGCCGUACUCUUACCAUGCUGUCUUGGGACUUGAUACGCAGAUAGAUGAAGUCAAGACUACCUUACCACCUGCUAUGAGGUGGAAUGGGAUGGCAUGUUCACUAGCUGUUUCGGCCCAGAUACUCAUGAAAAGAAUUUGGAUUGAGAUAUGCGUUCAUCGAUUGAAGAUAGUUUUGCAUAAGAGGUUCAUGCUUAUUUCUGAGUCGAGGGAGACCAAUUCAGUGCAGGGUGAGUAUUCAUUUUCGCGAAAUAUAUGUUUAUCGGCUGCUAUGAAGAUUCUGGAGCUACAACAUCUUGUUGAUGAGGAGACUAAACCUGAUGGACGAUUAUAUAAGUGUCGGUGGAGGCUCACGGCAUCAUUCUUUCAUGAUUUUCUGCUUGCUACCAGUAUUCUGUGCUUCUAUCUUCAGAACAAUACUGGGAAGUUUGGAAUUGGUGUUCGAGAGACUGGUUCUGAUCUUGGCACCGAGAACAAUGAUCUUGAUCUUUUUAAGGUAAAGGAGUUGUUGAGAACCUCACAGAUCAUCUGGCGACGAGAGAGUCAUAGCUCUCAGGAGGCUCGAAGAGCUGCGUUUGCUUUACACUAUAUUUUAGGGGAUCCUGAGACAGGGCCUAGCCACUCAGGACCUACCUCAACCGUGAUGUACUUUCCAGGUCAUUUUGCAGACAUGAUGUCUGGAUGCGACUUUCUCGCCGACCUGGAUAUCCAAUUUCCAAAUGAAGUUUUAUCCUGGCCACAGCAUAUUUAG